AUGGAGAACAGGCGCUCCCUGAUGGACGAGGACUACGACACGACACCGACGUAUGAGAUGCAGAACGUGUUCGAUGAUGAGUUCGAGGUGGCGGAUUUCGACGGGGUGGUGGAUGGCUACAGACCCGGACAGAGCCACGACAGAGAAGAAGGGCGCCAAGAUAUGGACGGUGAGGAGCCGAUCCGGUCGACUUCGGCACAGUACGCGACGGGGGCAGUGAUUACAGAUCCAAUGUCACGGAGUUCAAUACGAAAAAGUAGGAGUAGGGAGAACCCGUUUGCAAGCGCGGAGGAUGGUGAGGAAGAACGGCCACUGCAACGGACACCCUCGGGAAACUUCGCAGCGGCCAUUGCACAUCGAUCGGUGUCAUCGGCUUCUUCGAGUCACUAUGCUGGCACAAGCAGUCCACGGUUUGGAUCUGGAGGACCGAGCCAUCCGUAUGCGAUGUACCCGCAAGGUACCGUUGCGAGAACACCGAGCGUAGCGACCACAUCUACUGCGCGACCUACACGAGAAUCAAGCACACGAUACGCGCCUGGGCCACAACAUCCCUACUCGCUGUAUCCGCAGGGUGUGGGGGGGGAUGAUGAUGGCGAUGAUGAGGACACAGUGCAGAAUCCGGUCCCUGUUGGCUUCCUUGGGCUUUCACAACCAUUCCAACGGCGGCGAGGGCCGGAUGGCGAGGAACAGGACAUACUUGGGGAGUACGGCCACACUGAGCAGUUACCACCAUACACACGAUAUCCGGAAGAGGGGCCGGAGAAAGCGCCGCUGCUCGGCGUGCCUGCACCGCCUACAGCACUCCACAGCCGCGCACCCGUACUGGGGACUGACCCAAGCAUGCCGCUGAUGCAUGCUCAUCUGCAACCUGCACCGCAACAACAGUCAAUGAUGGACGAGUCAGACCUUCAGAGGCGGAACUCCCGGAUCUCAAGGAUGUCAAGGAAUCUGGACGACGACGCGGAUGCUGAUACUUCAUUGUUGUCGAAGAAGUCUUGGAGUGAGAAGUCGUGGAGCGAAAGGAGGAAGACGAAGUUCUGUGGCAUUCCUUUCUGGCUGAUGCUUGCGCUCAUCGGCCUGGUAAUCUUCGCUGGUGCAAUCCUCGGAGGUGCCCUGGGAGGAUUUGUUGCCGGAAAAAAGUCAGGCUCGCAACAAGCCAUGAAGGAGGUGUCUAGCUCCACGCUUUACGAUGCCAGCCUCAUCACGACAACAACUGGCGUACCGCCGGCUACGGGAACCUUCCCUCUCUCGCUUGGCCUACCUCAGGAGACAACGUCCGCAUGCCUCACUAAUCCUGGAGACAGAGCAGCUUGGAGUUGUGAUAUUGUUGGCAGUGACCAGAUCUGGAUCAACAUCGGAUCAUCCCGCUCAGGCAACGACACUGGCGCGUAUCUCUAUACCCGAGCCGGAAAGGACCCGUCCAAUCAGCUGUCAUACGGUACACAGGUGUCCAGCAUGUUCACUUCUUUCGCUCCGUUCAUGUUCGUCAACGACAAUGACGACCCCGAGGAUGGACCUGCGUUCUACUUCCAGGAGGAAUACAACAAGCUGGUUGUGGUGCCAUCAGACAUGAUUGACAUGGACACUCGCAAGAUGAAGCGCGAGCCGUAUGGCAACCUGCCCGGCUGGUUCAUCCAGAAGCAAUAUGCCACUCCAGGCGACAAGCCUUGGUUCUGCUACUGGAACAACACUCUCUUGGAAGCUUUCAUCUACAAGGACAAGCCCGCCAGGAUUGCUCCCACUCCUACGGCCAGCGUAGCGAGUGGCAACCCGUCCUCGACAAUCACCAGUGCUGCGUCACUCCACAGCGGGAAGCCGUCUGCCGCCGCCGUCACACCAUGGAGCGUUCCCUGGGCGGAUCCAAAAGAGACCAUCACCACCACUGUCUCCAUGCCCACUACGUCGUGCACAUACUCUGGCGUCGCUUCGAACUUUGCCAGCUACAUGCGCGAGAACUACCCGGACUACUCACCUCCUAUCCCCACUGACCCUCCGCCCCACAAGUCCAAGAGAGACGACGACGAGGAGGACGACGAUGAUGAUGACGACGACGACGAUGAAGACGAUGAUGAUGAUGAUGACGAUGACAAGAAAGGCAGCAACAACCCCGUCUUCGAGUACCUCGUCAAAAUCGAGGAGCGACGACUCACCCACACGCCGGCGCCCAUGUGCGUGCAGUACCAGGUGCUGGACAACUACGAGUGGAACGUCGUCACCGACCAGAACGGCGAGCAGGUCACCCUCACGCUCGCCGAGUCUGCGCCGCCUUAUGCUGCGUAUAAGGACGCUGGGGAGGUGGGGCCGAAGAGCUUGCGGAAGAGGUGGACGGUGCCUGGGGGAUGUCAUUGUCAGUGGAUGAGUGGGGAGUGA